AUGAUAGAAAAUAAAGAAGAGAAAUUAGAAAAGUUAAAUAAAGAACUAGAUAGGUUAGUUUUAAAUAAGAAAUUAGAAUUAGAAGAUGAACAAUUUAAGAGAGUUAGAAUAGAUAAAAUAUUAAGAGUUUAUAUUGAAAAUUAUAAUGAUUAUGUUGUUAUAAAAAUGAGGGUUAUUAAAGGUUCUAUUAUGAGUCCAAUUGCUGAAAUGAAAAUUGAAAGUGUUAGUCUUUGGGAUGUUCUUAAAAGAGUUAUAGUUGUUGAUAGUUCUAAUGGGGAUAAUAUAUAUGAGUUUUUUGAAGAUCAAAAGAUUCAAGCCUUUAAGGUUCCUUUUGAUUCAAAAAAGGAAAAUUCUAAAUUAUCUAUUAAAAUAAAACUUGAAAAUACUCGAAAUGAAGUAAUGUUAACUAAUGAGAUGAGUAGUUUGUUAAAUGUUAAAAUUGAUACUAAGCCAGGUAUUAUAAAAGAAUUUUAUAAGUAUUUAAUUAAUAAAGGGUUAUUAAAUCAUGACACUUUGAUUGUUACGUGUAAUGAUGAAUUAAAAAAUAUUUUUAAAAUAGAUUCAUUUCCAUUUAAGGAUAUUAACACCUUAUUAGAGGAUGUUUAUAUUCCUGUUGGUUAUUAUACUAUUCAGUAUACACCAUCUUUAGAUAUAAAAAUGUUUGAUAUUCCAUUUACAGCUGAUGAUAAAUCUCAAAUGCCUUCAUUAUUUAAUAAAAACACAACUGCUUUAGAAAAGAAAAUAGAAACAAAUAAGAUAUUAGAAAAUAAAAUUAGAAGAAAGAUAAUUGAAUUGAAGGAGUUUAUCAAUGAUCCUCUUUCGUUUAUUGAUGGUAAAAUAGUUUUUAAGAAUCAAAAUAAGGGAUUGAUUAGUAAGUUUUAUGAAGAUAUCAAUGUGGUUAAUUCUUUAUUACAGUUACUUUAUAAGAAAUAA